GGAUCGAAUUCAAAGAAGAAAACUAAGAGAAGAAAGGGUGAUGUGGUUGUUUAUCGAGACGAUGAGGAUGAAGAAAUUGACAAAAUUCUGUCUGAAGAAAAAAAAAUGCAGCUACCGUCUGAGUCAAAAGAAGAAGCAGUUGAGUCUGCCGAGAAGAAGGAGAAGAAGAAGAAGAAGAAAAAGGAGAAGGAUAUAGAGAAAACGGCAGCAGCAGCAUCAAAGGAUGAUACCAAACGAAAAUUGGCUGAUAGAAAGCAGUCCAAGCAGGUUAAGGAGAUGCAAGAGAGACUUAGAAAAAUGAAGGAAGCUGAUGAAAAGAAGAAGAAGGAUGAAGAGGAAAGGUUAAGGAAGGAAGAGGAAGAACGGAUUCGACUGGAAGAACUAGAAAGACUUGCGGAGGAAAAGAAGCGCUUGAAAAAGGAGAGAGAGAAGGAAAAGCUCUUGAAAAAGAAACAGGAAGGGAAAUUACUUACUGGAAAGCAAAAGGAAGAAGCUCGAAGAUUAGAAGCAAUGAGAAAGCAAUUUCUCGCUAGUGGCGCUGGGGCUUUGCCACUUUUAACGGAGGAGAGUAGAAAAGGGGCAACCAAACGCCCCAUUUACCAAACAAAGAAGUCAAGUCUAAAUGGCAAAGCCAAGGAAGAGUCCGUCGAAAGCACAAGGCACAUGCAAGAAAAUCAGGAGGAGAUUGUCUCUUUGGAAAGCGAGGAGGUUAAGGAUAUAAAUUCGGCAAGCAUAGAGGAGAAGUCAGAAGUAGUUGAUGCAAAAAGUUGGGAUGAUGCUGCCGAUCUUAAUAUGCCUGGGAAGAGUGCUUUUGAAGAUGAAGAGAUAGAUUCAGAUCCCCAACCUAUCAUUAAGAAAGAGAUUAAGGCCACAAGGUCAGCUCCAACAAUCCCCCAGAAUGCUGGAAGUAAGAAGAGAGAGCCUGAUGUUGGUGUUUCAGAAGAAACUAGUGGCCAAUGUGAAUAUAAUCUUCGGUCUCCUAUUUGCUGUAUCAUGGGCCAUGUGGAUACUGGUAAAACCAAGCUUCUUGACUGCAUAAGAGGCACUAAUGUUCAAGAAGGUGAAGCUGGAGGGAUCACCCAGCAGAUAGGUGCAACUUAUUUUCCAGCUGAGAAUAUACGCGAGAGAACUAAGGAACUGACAGAUGCCAAUCUGAAGGUGCCUGGAUUGUUGGUCAUUGACACACCUGGACAUGAAUCUUUCACUAAUCUGCGUUCUCGAGGUUCAGGUUUAUGUGAUAUUGCGAUUUUGGUUGUAGACAUUAUGCACGGGUUAGAACGGCAGACAAUCGAGUCACUAAAUCUUCUAAAGAUGAGGAAUACAAACUUUAUUAUUGCUUUGAACAAGGUAGAUAGGCUUUAUGGGUGGAAAGUGUGCCACAAUGCAUCUAUUGUGAAGGCUAUGAAGCAGCAGUCCAAAGAUGUUCAGUUUGAAUUUCGUACUAGGCUUACUCAGGUCAUUACCGAGUUUAAGGAGCAGGGUAUAAAUACAGAAUUAUACUAUAAAAACAAAGAUAUGGGGAAGGGUACUUUUAGCAUUGUACCAACUAGUGCAAUCAGCGCUGAAGGGAUUCCAGAUUUGUUGUUACUAUUGGUCCAAUGGACAGCAAAAACUAUGUCUGAGAGACUUACCUACAACAAUAUAGUGCAAUGUACCAUAUUGGAGGUCAAGGUGGUUGAAGGUCUUGGAACAACGAUUGAUGUGAUAUUGGUCAAUGGUGUGCUCCACGAAGGAGAUCAGAUCGUUGUGUGUGGCAUGCAGGGCCCUAUUGUCACAUCAAUACGCGCUUUAUUGACACCCUUCCCAAUGAAGGAACUUCGAGUAAAGGGAUCAUAUGAGCAUCAUAAAGAAAUCAAGGCCUCACAGGGGAUAAAGAUUAAUGCUCAGGGGCUUGAGCAUGCAAUUGCUGGUACUAGUUUGUAUAUUGUGGGGCCCGAUGAUGAUGUGGAGGACAUCAAAGAAGCAGCUAUGGAAGAUAUGAGGUCGGUGAUGAGCAGGGUCGAUAAAUGCGGGGAGGGUGUUUACGUUCAAGCUUCUACACUCGGGUCAUUAGAAGCUUUGCUUGAAUUCCUGAAGACCCCUGAAGUAAGCAUACCUGUCAGUGGAAUCUGCAUAGGCAACGUGCACAAGAAGGAUGUAAUGAAAGCUAGUGUCAUGCUUGAGAAGAAGAAAGAGUAUGCAACAAUCUUGGCCUUUGAUGUGAGAGUAACACAAGAAGCUCAGGAACUUGCAGAUGAAGUUGGUGUCAAAAUUUAUACGGCUGAUAUUAUUUAUCACCUAUUCGAUCAGUUUAAGGCCUAUAUUGACAAUCUCAAGGAAGAAAAAAAGAAGGAAGUUGCUGAAGAAGUAGUCUUCCCCUGUAUGCUGAAGAUCGUACCUAAUUGUGUCUUCAACAAGAAGGAUCCAAUUGUUUUAGGAGUUGAAGUUCUUGAGGGCAUUGCCAAGGUCGGGACACCAAUAUGUAUUCGACAGUGUCUCGUAGAUAUUGGCCGGAUUGCUUCCAUAAAGAAUAACGGUAAGCCUGUUGACUCCGCCAAGAAAGGCCAGAAGGUGUCUAUUAAGAUAAUUGGGUCCAACACUGAGGAGCAACAGAAGAUGUUUGGCAGACAUUUUGAUAUCGAAGAUGAGCUUGUUAGCAAAAUCUCAAGAAGAUCUAUUGACAUUCUCAAUGCCGACUUCCGGAAACACUUGUCCGUUGAAGAUUGGAAACUAGUUCUGAUACUGAAGGCCUUAUUCAAGAUUCAAUGAGACUUCUUCUCAAAGGCAAGUAGCUAUAUAUAUCUAU